CGUGUAGAAUGCAUGAAUGACUCUCUGCGGCUGAACUCUCCCGUGUCGCUUUGUCGGUAAACUGACGGCUCCCGUCCCCGUUUGUCCACAUGGAUUACACACCGACUCAAAGUGGGUUCAGACACCAGCCCGACAUGCGUCUGAGGAACAGCUCCGGGAGCGGCGUGGAAGGCAGCCAGCUGUUUGAGGACACGAGUGGAGCUGCACGUGGACUACAGACGGGCAGUCACCAACAGGCCGGGCCUCAACCGGCGGGGUUUUCUGGCCAGUCCAUCCUGUCGGACCCCAUGUCUAACCUGGCCAUGGCAUACGGCAGCUCGCUGGCCUCCCAGGGAAGGGAACUGGUGGAUAAGAAUCUGGACAGGUUCAUCCCGAUCUCGAAGCUGAAGUAUUACUUUGCUGUGGAUACAAUGUACGUCGGGAAGAAGCUGGGCCUCCUAGUUUUCCCUUACAUGCACGAGAACUGGGAGGUGAGCUACCAGCAGGACACUCCUGUGGCUCCGCGCUUCGAUGUGAACGCUCCGGAUCUCUAUAUUCCCGCCAUGGGCUUCAUCACAUACGUCCUGGUGGCCGGCCUGGCCCUCGGCACACAGAACAGGUUUUCUCCGGAGCUUCUGGGGGUUCAGGCCAGCUCGGCGUUGGUGUGGCUGAUCAUGGAAGUUGUGGCGGUGCUGCUGUCGCUCUACCUGCUGACGGUGAACACCGACCUCACCACCAUUGACCUCCUGGCCUUCUCCGGCUAUAAAUACGUUGGGAUGAUCGUUGGCGUAGUAACAGGCCUGUUGUUUGGGAGGCCGGCGUACUACCUCUCUCUCCUGUGGUGCUGCGCCGCCAUCUUCUUCUUCAUGAUCAGAACUCUGCGCCUGAAGCUGCUGUCCGAGGCGGCGGCCGAGGGGCGUCUGGUGAGAGGAACCCGGAACCAGCUGAGGAUGUACCUCACCAUGGCGAUCGCGGCGGCGCAGCCCGUCUUCAUGUACUGGCUCACCUACCACCUGGUCAGAUAAAGCCCACGCCACCGCAACCUCCUUCACACACCAGAUAAGCUGGACUUGGAUGACACGACCGCCACAUCUCGAUGUCUGGACGAUCUCCCGCCGCUCCCCGGACAUCGAGAUGGACUCGCACGACGACGAAAAGAAGCUCCUCCUGCUUCCUCACAGCACAGAGACAUUAGUAUUGCCUUCUUUCUUUUCAUGUGUAUGUAAUGUCUUCCAUGUGUAAGUGGCUUUAAGUCGGUUUUCUAUACGUUGUAAUUAUGUCUUUUUAGUCAUAUUUAAGGUUGUUCGUGUAUAGAAAACGUGUUAUUACCGACGAUGUUUCACGUGUUUGUUUUUUUCUGACCUCAAACCGUCCAUUUGAUGACGAGAAAAGAAGUCAAAUCCAGGUUUAAAAAGAGGCUCCGCCUCCACUGUCGACGACUUGUUUACGCCGCGGCUGAAAUGGCCGUUCUGUGAUUAUCGAUUCUCUAAACGAGGAUCUCCGAGCUGGCGUUGUUGCGUUGAAUGUUUCGCUGUCCGUGCUUUGAUACGCGUGCGACUCGAGGACGAAGACCUCGCGAUUAACCGCCGAUGACUUUGAUAACCUUUUUAAAAGUUAUUUAGUGCUUUUCAUAUUGAAAGUUGUACAAAAAGAGUCGGGAGAUUACUUGUUUAGUCUCUUUGGGACACGUGAACUAUGACUGAAAUAUGUUCUCGUGCUUGUAAAAAUCGUUUGUCGCAGCUUUUUACAUUUUUUUUUUAUGUGGCCAUAUGUCAGCAGGUAGGAAUCCCAUUUAUUCAGGAUUUUUAGCAUUUUCCACGGAACAUAAAAUUAUGAGGUGCGAAUAAAACUUUUUUGCAAAAUUCA